AGGAGACGUCAGCCGGGCGGCGGUAAUUUUUGAGCAAGAAGAGGUUGUUUUGAGUUUAGCGUCUUUAGGUUCCGAGAGACAGAGAAAAGCGUGCCCACUUUGGAAUGGCUUGCAGUUUCCAGAAGCUAUUUUCUGUUGAUGAAGAGUUUGAUGAUGAUGAUGAUUUAUUAUUGGCUGUGUUGGAUGUUGAAAAGACAACUACCAGCUCAUCUGGAGCAAAUCCGUGUGUUGGGUUAAGGCCCAUUGCUUCAGUUCUCAGGACACCUACUAAUUCGAAUUAUGAGCCCAAGAACUUGCUACAUGGCAGCUUGGGUCAGAAGUAUUGCCAGUUGGAGUAUGGUUGUACUUCAAAAAAUAUGACCAAUGAGGAUCCUACAAAAAAUGCAAUGGCUGCAUCAGUAGAUUCUUCUUCUUCAAAAUCAAAUAACUGGAAUAACAAGCAGAACUCAACACCUGACUUGAAGCAGAGCUCCACUGAAGUUGAUGAUUUAUUUUGGUCUGACUGUGAGGAAUUGGAGGAGGAUGGUAAUGUGCCAGAUACAACAUUGAGGAAGACCAGUAGUCUGAGAUUUUUCGAGAAGACAGUUGUAACCCCUGGAAUUGUUCCCUCUCCAAAAUGUCAAAAUGAUCCUGCUAUACUACCAGCAACAUUGUCACGACAUACAAAAGCAGACACUGGCAAGAGUGAAAGUUGCAAACUGGCUGUUCCUUGCAAGUAUAGUCAAGAAAUGAUUCAGAUAAAUUAUUCUGAGACCGCAUGCCAAGAUUUGAAGUUGUUCAGUCACCCGUCAUUGGAAUUUAACCAGUGUCCAACCACUUUGAGCAACUCCAAUUCUGGUGGCGUUAGAAAGCAAGGAGCCAAAAGUUCCUCUGAGAUAAUUGAAAGCCACGGCCAUUCUGCUGCACUGUCAAAUGUUGUGCCAAGAACAGAGUUAUGUAGCCCUAUUCCAUCUGACAAUAUUAGAUCAGCAAAAGAAUUAUUAACAACAGUGCCACAAAAUAAUUUAGGAAAAAACAUACGAGGGAAUGCCAAUAGCUCAUGUAAACCUUUGUCUUCAAAACUGCAGACUCAAUCUAGACCACAGCAAGUAAGUUCUACUGCCACUCAGAACUGUUCAAAUCCACUGCUGUUCAGACCAAGGCUACCUCUUCAGAACUCUUCGUUCCCUAAACACUUCACUGGAGAUGUCAAAAGAGCAGUUAUGUCCAGUAUUGAGCCUCGAACAUUAAUGUGCGCUAUUGAAAGCCCAUCAGCUGCUAAAGGAGCUCAGUAUUCACAGGCAACAAAUGCAGGUUGUGUGGGGACCCCUGUUACCAAUCACUUGAUUCAGUUGGUAUCGGCUGCUAAUCGGACACCAGAAGCUGUGAGGUCAGACAGGCCCCGACCGAAACGACGCUUUCCUGGACCUGCUGGAAUUCUUCCUCAACAGCAUCUUGGGAAAAACCUGGAUGAUGUCUUAAUUUCAGAUCCACAGACACCAACACAUGGUGCAGUGCCAAAGCUAAGGCCUCAGGAGGUUCCUAGUUCUCAACAAUCUGUUGAAGAUGACUUUGGGAGAGGUCCGUGGGCUACCAUGAAAGCAGAGUUAAGGUUAGAUGAGGAAGAUGCUGACUGUUUCCUUCGAAGUUAUAGCAUUGUCAUGGUUCUACGAAAGGCGGCCUUAAAGCAGCUGCCAAAAGGCAAGGUGCCAAAAAUGGCAGUUCUUGUAAAGUCACUGAUACGCACAAAUACAGAUGCCAGUGCUGUUUUUAAAGAUCCAUCAGGUGAAAUGCAAGGCACCAUUCACAGGCAGCUUCUAGUUGAGCAACUGAACAAUCUAAAGGUUGGAACAGUACUUCUCUUGAAACAGGUUGGUGUGUUUUCUCCAUCACUAAGAAAUCAUUAUUUGAAUAUAACAGCCAGCAAUGUGAUAAGAAUAUACCCACAAGGUGCCAGUGAAUGCAUCUGUAAUCAGCUGGAUCAGAGUCCCGAGAACCACGUUGCCUUUCAACACCCCACCUUUGACUUACUCGCCAGAUCUCCCUCUAAACCAAUCGUGGAGAGAAAUUCCUGCACUGACUCUACAUCGUGGGCUUCUCAGACACCACCUUCUAGUACAAGGAGAGAAAGCAUGGAAACAUCUGAAUAUAAAGGCACCGCAUUACAAGAAUGUUGUACAGAAGACUGGGAAGCAGAUGGUCUUGACUGCCUGAUGGCUGAACUGCCAGAUGAACUGUUCACCCCAUUUUUAGAGCCUAAUUGAUGUCCCUGUGGAGCUUGGAAUUGAAUACAACAGAGCCCAUUAUUUAUUUUGUUUUGGUUGAAACUGAUAUUUGUAAGCUGUAAGUCUGUGUCUGUAUCCCAUAAGAAUUUUAUUAACAUGAGACUACACAAUUGCUUCAAUUAGGACCUUACUUUCUUUCAUUAAGGAGGGGACAUUUCCUCCUGGAUUAAGCAUCGGACUUGGGGUUUAAGACACUGCUUGUGUAUACAUUAUCGUAAAAUAUAUUUUUGGUGCAUUUAAAGUGAACUGAAUCGACUUUCUAAUUUUUAAUGAUUCUGUUUAAGCCUGAGGUUUUUGGGUUGAUUCUUGCUGCGUACUGAAUGUAAAAAGAAUGCUAAUUUUUGGAAAUUCAUUAAAAUGGAUUUAUGCUCA